CGAGCUGGGCAGUCGGUGGGCGAGUCGAGAUCACGCGGCACGGAGAGAAAGAGAGACAGCGAGAGAGACAGAGAGAGAGAAGCAGCAGAGAGAGACCAAGCCACGCGCAGUGGCUGGAGCGAGGUGGUGAGGUUAUCGAGGGGGACGUUACCGCAACCUUCUUUGCUUUGAUCGGCAUUCGAAUCAUCUGGGUCGUCUUGCAGCACCACCGUCGUCUGCAAAGUCGUCGUCGUCGUCAUCCACCACCACCACUCCUCCGGCGUCUGAGACCCACGGAUGUGUUGCCGUGGGAAGCUCUCGGUGAAGAGUGUCCCGUGCUCCGUUCGCAGAAGCAACAGCGGCUGCUGAUUUAUCUCCGAAGCCUCAAGAGCUGAGCGGAAGACUCAACGUUUGUUUAUUUUCUUUGCAAACAUAUUCGAGAUAUACUAGCCCAAGCAUUUCUAGUUGAAAAGUAGACCUCGUGCGUUUUUUUGUUAUUUUUUUUUUGCACCAAGUCGCAGCAAAGCGAGACACACCGAUUCGCAGUCCUGCCCUCCCCCCCUGCAAUCGUUAGCGAAGUUACCCGGACGUCGCGGCUACUUUACUUUCUCACUCUCUCCUCCCAUCCUCUUACAUUUGACUUUUGAUUCCGGAUUUCUGCGUGUGUUGGGAGUGGGGGGGGGGCAAGAAGGAGCGUGCUACGGAAAACGCCAAGAAGCCCUUUAAUCGAGUGUUCCAACCCACCCCAUACGAAGACGAAAAAAACCCAACAACUCCUGAGUCGGAUCUUCGGAGCAAAAGAGGGACCCCCAUCCCCUCCCUUCACGGUCGAGUUCCAAUGGCCGCAGCGAGUGAGCAGCAGUCGCGGCGUUUCAGCGUGCUGGGCUGGGAGCAGGUGGAGCGUCUGGACGCCGUGCUGGACCAGAAGGUUCCCAUUCACGGCAGGGGGAAUUUUCCCACGCUCGAGGUGCGCCCGCGGGACAUCGUGCGGAUCGUGCGCGGGCGGCUGGAGGAGCGGGGCAUCGCGGUGCGCGACGUGCGCCUCAACGGCUCAGCCGCCAGCCAUGUGCUCCACCACGACAGCGGCCUCAGCUACAAGGACCUGGACCUCAUCUUCGGCGUGAGCCUCACGGGGGAAGCCGAGUUCCAGCUCGUCAAGGAAGUGGUCCUGGACUGCCUGUUGGACUUCCUGCCCGAGGGCGUGAGCAAGGAGAAGAUCGGGCCGCAGACGCUGAAAGAGGCGUACGUCCAGAAGAUGGUGAAGGUGUGCAACGACACGGACCGCUGGAGCCUCAUCUCGCUCUCCAACAAUAGCGGCAAGAACGUGGAGCUCAAGUUCGUCGACUCGCUGCGGCGGCAGUUCGAGUUCAGCGUCGACUCGUUCCAGAUCGUCCUCGACUCGCUGCUGCUCUUCUACGAAUGCUCCGAGCACGCCAUGUCGGAGCGCUUCCACCCGAGCGUGCUCGGCGAGAGCAUGUACGGCGACUUCGGCGAGGCGCUGGAGCACCUGCGCGGCAGGCUCAUCGCCACACGCAACCCCGAGGAGAUCCGAGGCGGCGGCCUCCUCAAGUACUGCAACCUGCUGGUGCGCGACUUCCAGCCGGCGUGCGAGCAGGAGAUCAAGACCCUGGAGAGAUACAUGUGCUCGCGCUUUUUCAUCGACUUCCCCGACAUCUCGGAGCAGGAGCGCAAGCUCGAGUCGUACCUGCAGAACCACUUCCUGGGCGAGGAGGGCAGCAAGUACGACUACCUGCUCACGCUGUGGGGCGUGGUGAACGAGAGCACCGUCUGCCUGAUGGGGCACGAGCGCCGGCUCACCCUGGGCCUCAUCACGUCGAUGGCCUUCCGCGUCCUCGCCGAGCAGAACGUCAUCCCCAACACGGCCAACGUCACCUGCUACUACCAGCCGGCGCCCUACGCCAGCGACUUUAACUUCAGCGGCUACUACCUGCCGCCGCCGCCGCAGCACGCGCUCGCCUACGUGCCGUCGUACCACCAGCACCACCACCAGCAGCAGCACCACCAGCACCAGCAGCACCAGCAGCACCACCACCAGCAGACGUGGCUGCCCUGCAGCUAACGCAGCCGGCGAUGCCCCCACCGUGAUGCCCGCCCACCUGCCCGCCCGUCUGCCCCGCCAACCUCGCUGAUUGAUGACGGACCGCAGCAAUUACCCCCCCCUCCCUUCCUCCCCCAGGACCAAUGCCGUGAUACCACGCGGUCUUUUAUUUUAUUUUCGAUUUUCCUUCCCCUUGCCUACCCCGCCCCCCCCCCCCCGAUUUCCUGAUUCUACACCCCCCCCAACCCCCCUCCUCCACUGCCACUCCAUAGGUGCCUGUGCAACAAGCUGCUGUCUCUCCGCGCCGUGUUUGUGGUGGUCGUUGCUGUUGGUUUCUCUCUUCCAUUUUACGUCUCUCGGUAAGACGGGCAAAGCAGCAGCAGCAGAGGCGGCAGCGGCAUUAAGAACUGUGCGCGUUUGGCAGCACGAGCCCCCCCCCCACUCCCCUUCAUUGAACCGAGAUUGCAGAACUGCAUGCACGGAGACUUGCACGCCCACACACACGCAAAUGAGUGAAGAGUGACGAAGAGGAGGUUGAGCAAGAGAAGAUACUGGGUGGUUUUGCCCGCCGCGCUGCUUUCCACGUGUGUACAUAUGUAAUCCAAGGCUCGCGACGCUUGUGCCAGAAAAACUUCCGCGGGCAAGUUGCGGACGUUAACCGUUUAGCGCUGGUGGAAGUAAAAAAAAAAACUAAACUAAAACACACAAAAAAAUGGAACUCGAGACUUACACGCAAGAUGUUUUGCGACCUCUCUUCGGGGGAACUCUCCCGACGGGAAGAAAUUAUACGCGCAAAGAAGAUGAAGAAGAAGAAGAAAAUACAACAACAAAAAAACCGGGACACGCGUUGUGAACGGGGAAAAAAAUUUCAUAAAAAUUUUAAUAAACGCUAAAAAAAAUAAAAAAACCCCAAGAGAAAAAGACUGAAAAGGAAAAUAUUGGCGGGGCAGCCGUGCGUGGCGAGCGCGACUGCCUGUCGCAGGUUGACUGCUAACGCGUCGUCUAGCUGAUUAACCACAAAAAAAAUAUUACCGAUUUACAAAGCGCUAUAUUUUUUGGGGGUGGGGGGCCGGGUCCGCAUUUAAAACACGAGCCCAACGUGGACACCCGACGCUUCCAGAGUUACGUAGGGGCACGCGCGCGUGGGGUGAAAUGGGGAAAGCAAGAGCGAGCGAACGCCCCGGGGAUGCCACUGAUUUUUUUUUUAACACCCCCCCUCCCCCCACAUCGCGCGACGGUCAACCUUCACGCCGCGGGGCAAACCGAAAUAAUUCCUCCCCCAACUGCACGCAACGAAACGAGUGACAACGGGACGCCUCCCACCCACCCCCUUCCCCGUGUCCCUCCGUGCUUGGCCUGUGACCACUGCCGACCCAACCGUGGCACGUACACCGCUUUCUCGGCCUCGUCUGAUGCCAAGCCCGGUGACGGAACGGACGCGUUUAUCAACUCUCUGCGUCGCCGCGCGGUGCGUUCGGUCGCUGGGCACGCAGGGACAUGUGGGACAAGAGUCCGUGCCUUCCCGCUGUUUGCGAGCAGCCGUGUGCGUGGGUUAGUCCGAGAGCCCGGACCAGAAGUUUCACUUUUGUCGGUAGCAGCUGAGGUGGCGUCACUUUAGCGGUUCCACGUUCUUUACGCGGCCAAUUACGCGAUCGCCAUUCCAUUUCAAGCGUGCGAGUGGGUUAUCGAGUUCAUUUAACUCUCGUUAGCCUACAUAAAUAACUCCGUAUGGACUUAACUAGAGUGCUGCCACCUUAGCCAGUACAAAUUUCUACUCUGGCCCGUGACACCGAAUGAUGUCGUCAUUUCUGCGCGUUUUCCAGCCUGCUUUUUGUCGCGUUUUUCCUGGCACGGGCGUUCUCUGCAAAGUCCAUUUGCGUUCGACCGCAACGUUUCCUUGCAACGCCUUCGGUGGGGCAGGUGGGGCAGGACCGUGUGUGUCGGUGCGUCCGUUUGCGGCGGUGCCAUCGUCUCGCCAGCGCUACCGGCAGCGCCGACGCCGCUACCGCCCGUAGCUGCGGUUUGAGUGCCGUUAAAGGGAUGCAUACAAAUUGACUCUCAUCUGUGCAAUUUUGAAACUCUUUGAAUCUUUAGUUUGCACUUGUUUUCGGAGUUGGGAGAUCGAAUCCCAACAUAGUGUUUUCCCCCAUUCUCCCCCCUACACCUUCCCUUUCAUUUGUUAUUGUCGCUUGUUGUUGUUUUUUGCGUAAUUGUGUUCUCUUAGGUAAUUUACACAAGUGCUUGCGUUGAACGUGUACGGUAUGCCGUUGGUUUUUGAGUAGCUGAGCGACUCGAAGCCGUAACUGGAGGGUGAGGGGGAAGGCCGAGGUUGGAUGUAUCCAUGCCCCCUUCCCCCCCCCCCCAUUGGCACAUCUCAGAGCCGUGCUGGGGCCAGGCUUGCGCCACUCGGGAGAGGCUCCAGACCCUGCGUCCCGAGUCCAAUUCAAAUAUCACGACGGUGCAUGCACGUGUCGCAGUUUGGUUUCCGGGCUCGGCUUGGCCAGUAACCAUUCGUGCUGGCUUGGCUCUGAUGUUCCAGUGGGGGUGGGGGAGGGGAGAGGGAUCAAGAUGUGUGGCAGAGAAUGAGACCUAAAAUGAAGGUGGCAAUUUUUAAGGAACAGCAAAGUUGGCCAUGGAAUUGUUUCGGGUUUUUCCAAUCCCCCGCGUGGUUGGGUCAAAUGAGUGGACAACCGUUGCCAAACCUCGCCUAGAGUUCCACCGCAGGAAAAAUCGCAGAAUCUCUCAAAAUGAUCCAGUUAAAAAGUCUUACUCCCUCACGCGCUCACCCCCAGAAGUGUUCAGAUCCUUCCAUGUUUGAGAGGGAAAGAUCAAUUGCAAUCCAUUAUACUUUUUUUUGCGAGUGAUAUUUACCGUGCAAUUUAGCGUUAAGACGAGAGAAAAAAAGCCCUACAUAGAUACAGUAUAAAUAUAUGUUUACAAAACAAAUCGCGUCCAGGUUCUAUCAAUCGGGAGUAAAACAGGUCCGAAGAGAUGAUGACCAUGACGACGAUAAUGAUGGUGGUGGUGGUGAUGCCCAUGAUUUAUUGUGAGUAGGGACGAAAAAUUGGACUUUGAGAAAAUGUUGACGGGAGCGCGGUGCAUCUUGGGAAGAGACGAUGGCUGUAGGGCACCGCUGCUGGAUGGUUCUGUCAACGCUGUCAAAAAGAAUAAAAUAAAACCAUCGCGGGGUCAAACGUCAAACGGGAUGUAACGAUGCACCGAUUUGGUCGCGUUUUUUCGUAACGUUUUUUUUGAGUUCGCAAAUUCGUGCGUGCGUGGGAACCUGAUGUUGCAGCCGCCCCGAACUCGUCGCCACUACGAAAUUGAGCUUUGCGUGACCCCCUGCCCAGCCACUUGGGGCCCACUACAAAACUCACGAUGUUCAGGACUUGAGCGAAUCGCGACGAACGAUCGAAUCGCGGUUUCUGACCGCUGGUGGUGGCAUCAGUGGUGGCAUCGGUGGUGGCGCUGGUGGUGGCACUGGUGGUGGCGGGUACUGGUGGUGUGCGGCUCGUAAACUUGCCAUGCGCAGCACUUGAGGUGCUACAAUACUUUUGGGCAUUAUGUUUAUGAUGAUGUUGUUUUAGAUUUUAUUUUAAACUUAGCCUAAGGUGGGGAUUUUCUUUUUUAAAAAAUAUAUACGCGGGGAAAAAAAUUAUAGAGGAAGGGCAAAAAAAAAUAUCCGUGCUGCCGAUGGUCCGACAAAUAAGCUAUAUAUGGUAGAAUAUAUUCCAGACACUGAAGAGAGAGAGAGAGGGAAAAAAACAGGAAAAAAAUAUAUAUAAAUAUAUAAACCGAAAAAAAUGUCUACGAGCGCGUUCGUUUUUGAGUUGACGGAUUGCAGAGAAGAAAAUAUUACGGGGCCCAUCGAUUCGCUCGCGCGCCUCGCGAUGGCGAAUGACUAAGGUGUCCAUCGAUUGCGAUGAUUCACGAUGGUGGGGGCGGGGAGGGGGGGCGGUCGAAUGGGUGACGUCCGAUGGUCGAGGACCCCCCCUCACCCCCCUCGCCCCUCACCCCCCUCACCCCCCUCACCCCCCUCACCCCCCACCCCCCCCGCACGCGCGUGCGUUUAUUUUCAAACGGCGAUUUGUAGCAAAAAGUGUCCCCACUAGCGAAGGAUCGCGUCGGGGCAACCCAACCCCCCACACACCCCCCUACACACCCCCCCCCCCCACACACCCCCACACACACACCCCAACACCCCCCCCCACUUCUUAUCUCAGUCUUUCGGCGAUUCUCAGUGCAUGCGAAGUGAUGAUGAACAUGACUGUGUCUGUGACUGCGUGUGUGUGUGUCACUGUGCGUGUGUCACUGUGCGUGUGCGUGCGGUGGUGUAGCGGUUAGCGCGCUGCGCUACGAAGCCUGGCAACUCGAGUUCGAUUCCCGCUCGCGGCGAACACCGGUGACGAUUAUCUGAACCGGUCGUGGGCCUCCCCUAGGUCGACUCCGCCUCAAAUGAGUGCCUGGUGCGAUGCGUAAACAUCGCCACUGGGGAGACAAAGGCGGCCGCGCGUGGUGUUGGCCAUCCAUCCCCCUCGUGUGCCGUGCGGCCAUUUAUAGGUGCUCGCUAACAGCACUUGCCCCUACAGUCUGUUAAGGCUAUACGGGGGGGAUCUUUGUCUUUUCUUUUGUGCGGGGUGCGUGCCUCGUGCCACUCGCUCUGUCCGCUUCCUCCUCCUCCUCAGCGCCCCUCGUCCCCAAACCGGUUCACACGCGGCGAGGGAUGAUGUCGAGUUCGAUCGUAAAGACACACAAAAAAAGAAAUAUAUUUUGUUAUAUCAAGACUUUGCCUCGGAGACAUUUAGUGAACCGUGUAGCGGAUUUCAUUGUUCUCACCCCCCCCCCCCCCCGUUGAUCCAAAAGUUGUUGAGGACGUGAAGAAAGAUCUGUUCCAAAGUAUGAAAACAAAAAUAGGAAGAGUUUUUUUUUUAACCCUUUUCUGGCAAUAAAACGGCUGUUAAGAUGUUCAAACCACCCCUUUGCAAGGCAUCGACAUCUCAACGCGUGUUUUUAUUGCCAAAAAGGGGUGUAAAAAAAAUCUUCGCUUGUUCUUUUUUUAUUUUCAUACUUUUGAUACUGGCAACAACAACAAAAAAAGUGUCCCUUUUUUCAAGAUCGGGCCCUCCCCGCAGAGUUUGUGCGCGGCUGCCCCCCCCCCAACCGCUCCAUUUGCCACCGGGACAUGUUAACGCCGUGAACCCCGCUGCCUCAGUUCAAUGCACUGGCUUUGCUUCCAAGCAUUUAUUACCACCACCACCACCGUUCCUCACCCUCCGCUCCGUACACUCCUCCUCCUGAAGACCGGUGGAAGAAAACAUGUACCGUGCUAAUCGGAUGUGCGGGGGUUACGGACAACAAACUGAACACACGAAAAAACUAAUUUCUUUAAUUUGCAAUCUAGAUGAUGAGUUAAGAUUGCAUCGUGUAGCUCCAGUGGCUUCCUAAUAUCGGGAAGGGAAGAACGUUCCAGACGGCCGCAGAAGCGCGUCUGAAAGCGUCGCGCGCUGCGGUGACCACCGUCUAUGGUUCGGUCUGUCAGGGCCCCCCCUCCCAGCCUGCCCCCCCUCCCAGCCUGCUCCCCACCAGCCUGCCCCCCCCCCCACCAGUCUGCCCCCCACUGAAAAUCGUGAAUAGCCGCCACCAUGAUUGGUCAACAGAGACGUCCACUCUUGUACGUUGUGCAGGCCCGUGUGAGUGUACAACACUUUCAACGUUUUUGUUUUUUUGUGGGGUGACUCUAUUUUUGUUUAUUGAUGUUGUCUGAAUGUAAGAUUCUAAGGACCAAAGAAACGGCGCGAGAGGGGGGCGGCUGUCGUUUCCCGCAUGGGUUUUGUCUGGGGGGUUGGGAGGGGGGGUGC